UCGAUCCAUGGCGGUAACAUUGCUCGAGCUCUAGGGUUUAUUCGUUCCCUUCUCUCUCUUCACUCAUUUCCCACUGAAUCCAGAACUGAACGAACAUCCUCCGAAGAUGACGAAGAAGUUCACCUGAUUCCAAAACCCUUCAGAAACCCCUCAAUCCUGCGUUGUUUUCUCUCUUUUUCCGGCAUAAACCCUAGUCCUCACUUCUUCUCGCUUCUCCUAAACCCUAAACCUAGCUGGUACAGUAGCUUCCGUGUUCGAGAAAGCUCCCGAGGAUGUAUUUAUACAGUCUUACUCUGCAGCAGGCGACCGGAAUUCUCUGCGCCAUCAAUGGGAACUUCUCCGGUGGGAAGACACAGGAGAUUGUCGUUGCCCGCGGCAAGAUUCUAGAUCUUCUCCGACCGGACGAGAACGGUAAGAUCCAGACAAUACACUCUGUCGAAGUAUUCGGUGCAAUUAGAUCCCUGGCUCAGUUUCGGUUAACUGGUUCGCAGAAGGAUUAUAUCGUUGUGGGGUCUGAUUCGGGUCGAAUUGUGAUACUUGAUUACAACAAGGAGAAAAAUGUUUUCGACAAAAUACAUCAGGAGACUUUUGGGAAGUCGGGUUGCCGUAGAAUCGUGCCGGGUCAGUACUUGGCUAUUGACCCCAAAGGAAGGGCCGUUAUGAUAGGAGCAUGUGAGAAGCAGAAGCUUGUGUAUGUUUUGAACAGAGAUACUGCUGCUAGGUUAACGAUUUCAUCGCCAUUGGAGGCUCACAAGUCUCACACGAUAUGCUAUUCUAUCUGUGGUGUGGAUUGUGGGUUUGAUAACCCAAUCUUUGCAUCUAUUGAGCUUGAUUACUCAGAGGCAGAUCAGGAUCCAACUGGUCAGGCUGCGAGUGAGGCUCAGAAGCAUUUGACUUUCUACGAGCUCGAUUUGGGGCUCAACCAUGUCUCUAGGAAAUGGUCCGAGCCAGUUGAUAACGGCGCCAAUAUGCUUGUCACUGUUCCCGGAGGAGCCGAUGGGCCAAGUGGAGUUUUGGUCUGUGCAGAGAAUUUUGUCAUAUACAAAAAUCAGGGUCAACCAGAUGUGAGAGCAGUAAUUCCUAGACGAACUGAUUUGCCAGCUGAACGAGGGGUGUUAGUAGUUUCAGCUGCCACCCAUAAGCAAAAGUCCAUGUUUUUCUUUCUGUUGCAGACUGAGUACGGGGAUAUUUUUAAGGUUACUUUGGAUCACGACGGCGAUCAUGUCUCAGAGCUGAGGAUCAAGUAUUUUGACACAAUCCCUGUUGCUGCUUCCAUAUGUGUACUGAAGUCUGGAUUUCUCUUUGCUGCUUCGGAGUUUGGAAAUCAUGGUUUGUAUCAGUUCCAGGCUAUAGGGGAGGAGCCUGACGUAGAGUCUUCCUCAGCUAAUUUAAUGGAGACUGAAGAAGGUUUCCAGCCAGUAUUUUUUCAACCUAGAAGACUAAAGAACCUUGUUAGGAUAGACCAAGUUGAGAGUCUGAUGCCAAUUAUGGACAUGAAAGUCAUAAAUCUUUUCGAGGAAGAAACUCCUCAGAUCUUUUCACUGUGUGGACGGGGUCCGCGUUCUUCUCUGAGGAUUCUGAGGCCUGGUUUGGCCAUCAGUGAGAUGGCUGUCUCACAGCUUCCUGGACUCCCAAGUGCCGUAUGGACGGUGAAAAAGAAUGUCAAUGAUGAAUUUGAUGCAUACAUUGUUGUCUCUUUUACCAGUGCCACUCUUGUGCUUUCAAUCGGUGAAACAGUCGAAGAAGUUAGUGAUAGUGGAUUUCUUGACACUACCCCCUCCCUUGCUGUAUCCCUGAUCGGUGAUGAUUCUCUCAUGCAAGUUCAUCCUAAUGGAAUUCGCCACAUAAGGGAAGAUGGCCGUAUAAAUGAGUGGAGAACUCCCGGCAAGAGGUCAAUUGUUAAAGUUGGCUAUAAUAGGCUUCAAGUGGUCAUUGCAUUGACUGGUGGAGAGCUAAUUUAUUUUGAGGCAGAUAUGACUGGUCAGCUGAUGGAGGUAGAGAAACAUGAAAUGUCUGGGGAUGUAGCAUGCUUGGACAUUGCCCCGGUUCCUGAAGGAAGACAGAGAUCUCGUUUCCUUGCCGUGGGGUCUUACGAUAAUACUGUUCGUAUUCUAUCUUUGGAUCCCGAUGACUGUCUGCAGAUUCUUAGCGUGCAAAGUGUCUCUGCAGCCCCAGAAUCUUUGCUAUUCCUUGAAGUUCAGGCAUCUGUUGGUGGAGAGGAUGGUGCUGAUCACCCUGCAAGCCUCUUCCUUAAUGCUGGUUUGCAGAAUGGGGUUCUUUUCAGAACGGUAGUGGACAUGGUGACGGGUCAGCUUUCUGAUUCCCGUUCUCGAUUUCUGGGGCUGAAGCCUCCAAAGCUGUUUUCCAUUGCUGUGAGAGGCCGCCCUGCAAUGCUGUGUUUGUCCAGUCGACCUUGGCUUGGUUAUAUUCAUCAGGGACAUUUCCAGUUGACACCUCUGUCUUAUGAGACUUUGGAAUUUGCUGCCCCCUUUUCAUCUGAUCAAUGUGCUGAAGGUGUUGUUUCUGUUGCUGGGGAUGCUCUUAGAAUUUUUAUGAUUGAAAGACUCGGAGAAACAUUUAAUGAAACUAUGAUUCCGUUAAGAUACACGCCAAGAAAGUUUGUUCUCCAACCCAGGCGGAAGUUAUUGGUUGUCAUUGAGAGUGACCAGGGAGCAUUCACUGCAGAAGAGCGUGAAGCAGCAAGAAAAGAAUGUUUUGAGUCUGCUGGAAUGGGAGAAAAUGGUAAUGCUAGUUCAGAUCAGAUGGAGAAUGGUGCUGAUGAUGAUGAUAAGGAAGACCCGCUUUCUGAUGAGCAGUAUGGUUAUCCAAAAUCCGAAUCAGAAAAAUGGGUUUCUUGCAUCAGGGUCCUUGAUCCUAAGACGGCUACUACAACAUGUCUCCUGGAACUUCAGGAUAAUGAAGCUGCAUUUAGUAUUUGCACAGUGAAUUUUCAUGAUAAGGAGUAUGGCACGUUGUUGGCUGUUGGUACGGCAAAGGGACUGCAGUUCUUGCCUAAAAAGAAUGUUGUAGCCGGGUUCAUUCAUAUUUACAGGUUUCUGGAUGAUGGAAAAUCCCUCGAACUUCUUCACAAGACUCAAGUAGAAGGUAUUCCUCUUGCCUUAUGCCAAUUUCAGGGAAGACUGCUGGCUGGAAUAGGACCUGUUCUCAGGUUGUAUGACUUGGGGAAGAAGAGACUGCUUAGGAAAUGUGAAAACAAACUCUUCCCCAACACUGUUAUCACCAUCCAGACUUACCGUGAUCGAAUUUAUGUUGGUGAUAUCCAGGAGUCUUUCCAUUACUGCAAGUACAGACGGGAUGAGAAUCAGCUCUACAUAUUUGCUGAUGACUCUGUACCUAGAUGGCUUACAGCGUCACAGCAGGUGGAUUUCGACACCAUGGCAGGUGCGGAUAAAUUCGGGAACAUAUAUUUUGCAAGGUUGCCUCAGGAUUUAUCUGAUGAGAUUGAAGAAGACCCAACUGGUGGGAAAAUCAAGUGGGAGCAAGGAAAGCUGAAUGGAGCACCAAACAAAGUGGAGGAGAUUGUACAGUUUCAUGUGGGCGACGUGGUGACGAGCUUGCAGAAAGCCUCGAUGAUCCCGGGUGGAUCUGAGUGCAUGAUUUAUGGAACAGUCAUGGGUAGUUUGGGGGCAUUACAUGCUUUCACGUCCCGUGACGAUGUUGAUUUCUUUUCUCAUCUGGAGAUGCACCUGAGGCAAGAACAUCCUCCUCUGUGUGGAAGAGAUCAUAUGGCUUAUCGAUCUGCAUAUUUCCCGGUCAAGGAUGUAAUAGAUGGAGAUCUUUGCGAGCAGUUCCCAACACUACCGAUGGACUUGCAGAGGAAAAUAGCGGACGAGUUGGAUAGAACUCCUGCCGAGAUACUGAAGAAACUCGAAGACGUUAGGAAUAAGAUCAUCUAACACAAGAUCGUUCAUGUGGUACGUCUCUCUCUCUCUCUCGAGUAGUUAGUUAUCAUGUCUGAAGCCAAAAGGGGGGAAGCCUGUGUUUUCAGGUAGUUAUUGUGUUUGAAAUUCAUGUGUGUAUAUGUUCCAAACAAAUGAAUCCAGACACGUUUUUGAUGUAAGACAUCAACAACAUUUACGUGGGAGUUGUGUUUCAUGACUUCAGUUUACUUAUGACUCA